GCACAUCAAGCUGAGUACGCAGUCGGUCGUCACUCGCUUGUGCUGCGGCUGGAGGCUUAGCUUAAAGACACCCCCAAAAAAGCACGGGAAAAGUCUAUAAAAUCACUAUUAAUUUGUAACAGUAAAGAAGCUGAAACAGACCCUACUGUGGCAUCGCUUCUCUGCAGGCGACCAGAAACCAGGAUGGACAAUGAAAUAAAGUGGCUAUGGAAGACAACGCAGACGGAGGCAUUCUACGCAACAUACACCAUCAGUUACCGGCUCACCCUUGCCACCCGCGAACCCUUGCUCGAGGAUCACCUUCUCCAGGCCCUCACCCAUCUCUUCAGGAAGGUGCCUCUCCUGCGAGUCUGUUUUGGCCAACGUGAUGGCGAAAUGUGGAUCAGAGAGAUGGCGGGAGAAGCGUUAGACUUUGAGGUUGUUUCAAAUGCCUCAGUAGAAGAUAUACGCGAGAGUCUGCAGGCCUACCGCUACGACUUGAUGAAAGGUCCUCUGUGGUGCGUGAAGCUCCUCUCAGAGCCACCUUCCUCUCCAGUAGUUCCAGAGGGGAUUGACACGACAAAGUUUCGUCACGUGUACACAUUGUUCCUGGGUCUUCACCAUGGUAUCACUGAUGGUAACUCCAACAUGAGGAUUUGUGGUUUUCUGGUUCAGAUUCUUGAAGCCGUACUAGGAAGGAAGGACAUAGACGACGCGGAACAAUUCGGCGUCUACGUGUCUGACGAGAGAACACAGCGGCUGCUGAAGGAGUACGUGGCAUCCCUGGAGGCCGACCCUGAACUCAGGCGCAAAGUGGUGGACGAGAUUCAGUCUCGCUACGGAAAAUAUUCAUUAAUUAAAUCGACUUACAAGGAAGUAGGUGAGAAAGUACCAAGGACGGGGGUGUUGGAAAUGAACUUAGAUGCUGAUUCCACGAUCGCUUUCAUCAAACGUUGUCGAGCCGAAGGCGUCACCGUCAACUCGGCUUUUAUAGCUGCUACUAGCGUCUCGGUUGUCGACCUCCUGGUGGACGGAGGCCUUGAGCAGGACACGUACGAUAUUCGCAGCGACCACGUCCUCAACGCCCGCCGGUACUGGGGCGGCGAUACGUCUCAGUACCUCGGGUGUCACCUCCUCCCUCUUUUGCCCGUGGUCGCUAAGACGCCGCGAAACAUCACAGGAAAAUUCUGGGAGUUUGCAAGAUCGGUCCACCAGGAACUUCAGAAGAAGUUCAACGAAGGCGGACCUCUCCUUGAAGAAGCAGGGAGACACUUCAUGUCCGCGAACACAGACUUUGACCCCACUUUCCAGUACGAGUUUUGUGUGACCAACAUGGGCAACGUGACGAGUCUGGUGACGGAGGGCGGCGACAACGUCCAAGCUCUUCACGUCAUCAGAACUGUAGCUAUGAAUACUGUUCCCUGCACCUGGAGUAUCCUGCUCCACACCUUCCGCAGUCGGCUGAUCCUUGCUCUCACGUACAACACGUCCUUCGUCAAUUCGGAAAUGGCAAAGAAAUUCUGUGAUGGGAUCUUCUACCGCCUUAAGGAAGCAUUGUGAUACAAGGACACGAGAUGAAAUUACAGUUUUGCGAAACAAUGUGAUUUUCUCAGAUCAUUCACAUUAGCUGUUAAUU